AGAUUGUCCUUGAGCCAUUUAUCGCGAGGAAACAUGCAAUUUGAAAUCUAAGAUUCCAGCGUUCGUGGCUGAGUUUGCCACGUUUGCGUUGCUGGAAACUUGCGGAAAGCUCUUCUUCGCCAACUCAAGGUUACUUCUUCUGAAGUCCAUUCAAUUAGGGAUGUAUCUAAUUUCGUUAAACUUUCCAAAUUGAAAAUAUCGUCGACAAAUAUCGUCGACAACUUCGUCUUUUGACAUGGAUAACAGUGAUGGUAAAGCAAGCUUAAAACGGCAGAAAUCACCGGAAACUACGACGGAUACACAGGGCAUGAGUAAGUUUUAUUGAUUUUACGCGUAAAAUAUUCAUAUUUCGAAAUAUUUAUCGUUGUAAAUCGACCAUAUUUCGUUCCCCAUACUAUUCCUUGUGACGUGUUCAAAUUUUCAACGGUUCCUCUCGUAACUUAACACCGAGUCACACAACGCGUGACUCAUUCAUGAAUUAAUCGAGACGUGAGCUUGGGCCGCCUGUGGUUUCACAAAUGUGAAGUGUUAUAGGCGAGAUGGUACUUAAAAACGUGAUACCAUGGAUUGUGUACGUUUUCUGUCAACUUGUCCGAAUAACUGACGGAUUAGCCGUCGUAUGUGAAACACUUUAACUCUAGGAAUGUGGAAUUUCGUUCAAUUGAAAUGCUUAGUACAUUACGGAAUCGUGCCUGUUUAAAAACGGGAAAAUGCAAAUUAGCUAUUUUAGGCUAUAUUGUUUUCAAAUUGGUCAGAUGUAAAAUUAAAUUACCUUUAAAAUGUCGGGUUUUUAAUUUGUGUUAAGACUAAAAUGCAGCAGAUUAACAAGGUUCUACUAUCAAUUUCACCAUGAAAGCAAAAUAACAUGAUUGCUUGCGAUUUCAUCACUUUCAAACAAUAGUGAUUGCUCCAAUUGUAUUAAUUGUACUAAAUGGACGCAAUGCGAAAUUUUAUAACUCCCAUUUGGGAAUAGUCUGUCAAUUCAGAUCUUAAAAGACCAAAUCUUCACCCCUGAAUCACACAUUAAGGUCAUGAGUUUUAGAAUGCUAUUAUGCCAUUGGGUUGGUUGGUAUAAAGUAGAUUCCCAGUUUCUUGUUGAGCCAAAACAGGCCAAAAAGGGUUUUUUUUCUCUCCUGGAGAGCUGGGGAAUUUGAAUCUUGUCUGGGUGGGUUGAGGAAUUUGAACUAGAACCAUUAAAUCUUUCCAGCAAAAUAGACAUGUUUUUUUAAUUAAUAUGGAAGUGUUCAACAAUAUGAAGUUUUCAAAUGCUCGGGGGUCGUCAGGAGGGUGGAAGGGAUGUUGAAACUUCAAAUUGAUCGAUGCAUUGCUGACUUUGCUGCAGUUCAAAAUGAUGGACAAGCAUGAGAUAGAUAGAUAGAUAGAUAGAUAGAUAGAUGACCUUUAUUUAUAAAUGAUAAUAUUUUAAGCUACAAUCUUGUGGGGUUGUGUGAAGAGAAAAGGAAAAUUACAUGUUACAGGAAGAUAAUUUGAAUUUGAAAAUAGAAAAUGAUAUAUAUCAUAACUUCUAAGUAUAAAGAAAAAUUAGUAUGCAUAAGGUGAACAUAAGAAGCAGAAAGUGUUUUUUCAGAUUAUUGAGACUUGAAUGUCCAACUUCUUAUUCACAGUAGCAAACAGUGUUCCUUACCACAGCACUGCAAUAUUUAGGCAAGUCUUUCAUGUAUCUUGUUUGGAACCAGAGUACUAUUAGAAAGGUCAUGUCCCCUCAGAGAGUAAUCAUUUGAAUAACAGUUAAGGGCAUCACAGCUUUUGUGAGAAACAGGCCAAGGAAUAUUCAGUUUGUUUUUCUGUCAUAAAUGUGGAAGAGAAUUGGAUAAUAAGGAAUAAUGACACACUAAAGAGAGGUAGAUAAUUCAGCAGAUGAGAAAUUUGCCAUAGAGCAUUGCUUCAAAAGAGGAUUUUGACCAUCAUCUGUGUUUUGGUAAAAUAUCAUGGCAUUUAAUUCUAUCAAAGUGAAUACUUUGAAAAGAAGGCUCAGUCAGUGUUGUUUCAUGAACAAAUUUCCUAACCAAACACUUUUAAAGAAUAACAGUACAACUCGGCAUAUUACUUUUUCUUCAUUAUUUAUGCAGACCAUUUACAGUGUAAUAUGGCUCAAAGUUUAAAAAAAUUGGCUGUUGUAUAUUAAAGAAUAGAAGAAAGACAAAACCUCAAUAAUUCAUGUUAUCAAAAAUUUGAGAAAGAAGGUAGUGAUUUAAAUUCUGCUCUCCCUUUAGUUGAAUUUUUCAAAGUAAAGCAAGGUCAGAAUGUUCCUGAACGUGACUUAAGUAGUCUUGAAACCUUACUGAUAGAUUUAUUUCAUUGUAAAGUGUAAGCGUAGGAAACUGCAGCAAGUGACCAAUUUGAUUCUCAGAAUUAUUUGAGUUUCAGUUGCGCCGAGCGUUACGUGAGCUUAAUUCACGCUGUUAUAUCUAUUCUUUGGUAAGAUUCUGAUCACGUAACGAAUAUCGCAAUUUGUACCCACCACAAACUUUAAAAAUCCUAGCAUUAUAAAUGGCCACUCGAUCGUUGUUUGAACCAGUCAAUAUGUCAACUGUUAAUUGUCCCUUCUUUUAAUUCCACAGCGCCAACGACUUUCUUUUCAUUUACAACACUCACACUGUUCUCGUUUUCCCAUUGAACCACAAUAAAACUCAUCUUUAGAAGUGUUAUAUUAAGCAAAACAGUUGAGAAAAGAAACAACUUGAAGCAAGAGCAGUUAACCGAUGAAAAGUACAUUCAAAGAUGAGUGCCAGUUUUCUUUCUUUCCGAUCACAGGCAUGAUCAUGUGGAUCUUUUAGCAAAGAGAAUCUGCUGACUUGACCGAUUGCAGUCUCAAGAGAAGCGCGCAAAAUUAUUCUAUCUUUUCUGACCAGUUCUCUUCUCUUGGAUGGUGGAUACCUUGGAUCCAUGUUUUGAUGAUGAUAUAAAUAAUUAUGUGAAUUCACUCUAUGUAGAAAUAAUCGACAAGAAUCGAACAAGAAUGCACGAUUUGUGGCCAAAAGUUUUCGAGGAAAGAAAGACUCAAAACCCACUUGAGUUAUGUUCACAGCAAAGGUGAGAAACAACACAAGCCAAUCACAUUAGGAAGUAUGAGAGAUACCAAGAUGAUCCCCAUGUACCAGUACCCAAAUCAACAAGGCUUGACCUUAACAAGCGUUCAGCAACACGUUCCAGCACAGCUAGCCAUCUCGAUUCCUCGGUUGGUCUUUCCACUUUCCCAUGGUAUGGGAAUUAACAACUUUCAAUCUAACAUGGUGUGACAAAACAAAAUCUGUGGUUAUUCAAUAGCUUAUGGUUGCGAUGUGUUUCCAAAAUUGGAGAUUUCAUCAAAAUUCUCAGAAUAAAAGGCUAAAAAAAUGUAUUUGUGUUUUCAUUUCUUGGAAAGUGUAAGUAGGCAGCUACUGUAGAGCUCUUUCCUGAGUUCAAUCCAUGAUAAGAUAGCACUUUUUUUUUCAUUAUCACAUUGUUACUUACUAGGAAAUGGAUGUCUCAGAAAUGUCAUCUAAAGGAAAUACCCCAUGAACAGCAAACACAGUUAGACCAUACAGGAUCUUAUCUCUAUUUGCUGCAAGAUUUGUCCUUGGAAACAAAACUUCUAAUUUUGAGAACAGGCUGUUUUCCAAUUGUCACAUUUUACAAGUAGGAAAUUUAAACAAUGAUCUUAAAUAUAUGAGAAAGUGACCCUUGCGAACUGAAUUCCCAGUUUUCUGGGAAUUCCUAGGAAUUCUCAAAAAUUCCCAAUUAUGCAAAUGACCCUUGCAAACUGAAUUCCCAGUUUUCUGGGAAUUUCUGGGAAUUCCUAGGAAUUCCUAGGAAUUCCUAGGAAUUCUCAAAAAUUCCCAUCUAUGCAAAUUAACUCUGAUUUAAAAAGCUUGGAAUUACUGGGAAUUUCUGGGAAUUAGGAAGACUCCAGUUUUGUGAGGACUUGGAAUCCCUAGGAAUUCCUAAGAAUUCUCAGCUUUACAAACUACUUAUAAUUUAAGAAGUGUGGAACUCUUGGGAAUUGCUGGGAAUUGAAUUUGAGGCAAUUUUAAUACCCUGAGGUCCACAUAAAUUCUAAGAAAUUCUCAAUACCUUGAAUGUGAAGGUUUUAAGAAAAAGAGUAAUUUCAGAGGCUUAAAACUUUGGCUCAAUAAAAGGUAUGCUAUACAAAACAUACCAAGAGAUAUACAUACAUGUACAUGUUUAUAACUUAAAGAUCAUGAAAUUUAUUACUCAAACUAAGUUUUAGUAAAUCUUUACAUUAAUAUGGAUUUUCUCAUGAACCAGCUGUCAGUUAUGUUAAAUGGAAAUUGCCAACUUCCACAAUAAUUAACAAUAAUUACAUUGUUAUCUUACUUCCCUAACCUACAUUACUGGUUGCCUUUGUUAGAAAACCUUGGAACAGUCAUGCUCAGUUGCCUCAAACGCUGUCAGAGACUUUUUGUUGACAAUACUUUUAGUAGAAAUUUCAUGCCUUAGACAAACAAAUUCAACACCUAAUUAAUCUUUCUUUUUUCAUGAUUGUUGUUGCUGCUUUUUUUCAGUUUUUUGCUCUAUUUUCAUGACUAAUUGCUGUAAUUUGUUUUGCUGUUUUUAUUCUUACAAAACAUUUUUGUAAGAGUUCCAAUACUUGUGGAUCAUCCACACACUUUCCAAACAUUUGGCAUGCAGACAAGACAGAGGUAGUCAAUGUACCCUUUGAGGAAAAAACACCUUUUUAUAUAUGACGUCUUCAAUUUACUUUAUUUGAAACUCUGAUCUGAAAAUAUUUGUCAACAAGACUUGUUAGUAGUGAGAAGUACCAACCAAGUUUCCUUUCAUAACUUAAUUUCUUAAAUGUCCCAAUCACUGGAUCUCCCAAAAAAAUAUUACAUCUUUUUAUUUUUGGUGCAAAUUACAAGUCCUUCUUUAUAUAAAAAUGAAAAGUGCUAGUCACACUUCAGUAAUAACAGCUCUUAAGUUUACUUGUUGUUCUUCUCUGUCUGUCAGCUAUCAACAAAAUUGUUUUAUACUUCGGGCAGUGCAUAACUAUUUGUGGACCAGAGUUCCAACGCACCUCUGUAAUCGCAUAUAGCUACUCCUGUCUCUUGUACAAAUGUUUCUCCUUUGUAAGACGCACUCUACUCUGUUGUCAAUACUGCUUUAAGUUCAGUGGAAACGACUGACUGAGGAAUCGAGAUGGCGGCGUUGGAACGUGUUGCUGAACGCUUGCUACGGUCAAGCUUUGUAGAUUUAGGUACUGGUACACUGGGAUCAUCUAUGUAUCUCUUACACUUCCGAAUGUGGUAUCCUUCUUUUAUAAAUAUGAUGGUAAAAGACGAUUUGUAGUCGCAUUCAAAACUGUGAUUGGCUUGUGUUAUUUCUCACCUUUGCCAUUAACACAACUCAAGUGAGUUUCGAGUCUUUGUUUCCUCGACAACUUUCGGCCACAAAUCGUGCAUUUGUAAUACGAUCGAUUCUUGUCGAUUAUUUCUACAUAGAGUGAGCUCACAUCUUUAUUUAUAUCACCAAGCUAUCCAUCUUCUAGAAGCAGAGAACCGGUCGGAGAAGUCAAAAUAAAGUUGGGCGCUUCUCUUAACACUGCAAUCGGCAAGCCAGCGGAUUCACUUUGCUAGCCAAUGACAAGUCCUAAAAGAUCCACGUGAUCAUGCCGGUGAUCGGAAACAAAGAAGACUCCAUUUGGCGCUCAUCUUUGAAUGUACUUUUCAUCGGUUGAUCGCUUUUCUCAACUGUUUUGCUUAAUAGAACAUUUCUAAAGAUAGCUUUUAUUCUGGUUCAAUGGGAAAACGAGAAUAGCGUGAGUGUUGUAAAAGAGAAGAAAGUCGUUGGCGCCGUGGAGUUAAAGUAGGGACAACAGUUGACAUAUGGACCGGUACAAACAAGGGUCGAGUGGCCAUCUGUAAAGCUACGAUUUUGAAAGUUUGUGGUGAGUAAAAAUUGCGAUAUUCGUUGUGAUCAAAAUCUUAUAAAAGAAUAGAUGUAGCGGGUUGAAUUAAGCUUACAUAACGCUCCGCGCAACUGAAACUAGAAUAAUUCUGAGAAUCGAAUCAGUCACUUGCAUGCCGCAGUUUCUUAAGCUUAUGCUUUACAAUGAAAUAAACCUAUCAGUAAGGUUUCAAGAUUCCUCUAGUCACGUUUGGGAACAUUCAAGAUUCAUAACAAACCUUAGUACAUAAAGAAGCCCUCCUUGGUAAAAACAAAAUAAUGUAUUCAGCCCUUUUUUAGUAAAAUCCAUGAGAGAGAUGUACUAACUCCAAUAUAAAAGUCACUCAAUAUAACAGAGAUUUCUCAAUUUGAGAAUCCAAUGAAUGCCCUUUUCCUCAUAGCCAUCUUAAAAGCCUGGUCUGAGCUUUAAACAUACAUAUUUUAAUAUAUUAUUUUGUUUUCAAAUUCAGAUGUCAAGGAAUCCAGUCACAAAAUGGUCAAGGUUCUUGUUGACAACCUCAUUCAAGGCCAACUCAUUGUGAGUCCAGGAAAAAAAAUACAAACAGUACAAACAGCAGCUAAGUUUGCAGUUUAGAAUAACUUCAUUCUAAUUUAUUGUUACAGUUAUAACAAGAUUUUAAUCAAAAAAUCAAUUUUAUUUGUCUGUAAUUAGCCCCUUCACUCCCAAGAAUAUAACUAUAUAAAUAUAACUUAGGAUAUUGUAUUUUUUGGAAAAGAAUCAACAGAUUUUAUUCACAAUUUGUGUCAAACCAAAUUUAAUGAUUGAUUAGAACUAUUUUAUAUGAAUAGCUGUAAUUGAGGAUUAAUCUGUAUGAAGUUUUCAAGAAAAGAAAAAUAAAUCAAAUUCCAUCCUAAUAUUACCACACAUUGAUGUUAAUAAUUAAUCAAAAAUAUUUUACAUGUACGCCUUAAUCAAGCUUUUAAAUAAAUUUCAUUGAAUACUUGAAUUUUAGCUGGGUUUUUUUAAUUUAAAGUAUUUAUUUUAUAUCAUAAGCCUCAAAUUUUUGCUUAAAAUUCCCAGUAAUUCUUAAACAUUCCUAAAAAUUCCCAGAAAUUCCUAGGAAUUUUUUAGAUUUACAGCUUUUCAGGGAAAGUCAUUGGUUCUCUGAGUUGGAAUUCCUAGGAAUUCCUAGGAAUUCCUAGGAAUUCCAAGUCCUGUUGGCUAUAAACUUGGAAUUUCUGGGAAUUUCUGGGAAUUUCUGGGAAUUUCUGGGAAUUUCUAGGAAUUUCUAGGUUUUUAGAACCAGAGUUGUUAUGGUUGGGAAUUCCUAGGAAUUCCUAGGAAUUCCCAGUCCGAAUUUACCGUGAAAAUUCACACCUUUAUUCCUAGGAAUUCCUAGGAAUUCCAAGAGCCAUUUCGCAAGGGGAAGGCUUCCCAAAAAGGUCAAGUUAGCCUCUGGUACUGCCUUAAGUGGUCUCAACAACACUCUAAGAGGAAAUGGAAAGCUUAUUAAAUAGACACAUUGAACUCACAUUUUGUAUUGUUUUUUUUCCAGCAUAAUAUUUCAAAAUUAAAAGCUUCCUGUGAUGUCAAGGCUACAAAAGGUAGUAAGAGGAAUCUAAAUCUGUUACAAAUACCAAACUUUGAUUUUGAAAAAAAACAUUCAUCCCUUAAUUUUUUCACCUAAAUGUCUGCAAUGAAACUACAUGUACCAAUUUCAAAGUGAGUUAAAGAGGAAGACCCUUAAAGGAUAAAUUUCACUUUCCUUGUACCUGUAAUGGUUGUUAUCAGUGACAGUGAUAGUGUAGAUCUCUAAAGCAACUUUACAUUUUCCUGGUUUAAAUUUGUCUCAAUCUACAUGUAUCUGACUUUUUGGCAUAGGAUAAAACUUAUCAAAUUCAUAAGAAUUGACAUUACAUAUUAAGUGGACAUCCAUUAUUUUGAUUAAUUAUUGUUUUACAGUUUAUUGUCAAUACCUUUCUUGUUUUGUUGUUGUAGGAUUCCACCAUUCCUAGUGUAGCCUCUACAUCACAGGAAGAUCAGGAAAUUAGGACACUGAAAGUCACUUUGCUAAGUAAUGAGUGGGGAUCAUCAACUGAUGAGGACUUGUCAACUUUCAACCAAGAGCUGGCCAUCCAGUUAGCUAAACACCCCAAUGUGGAUGUUAGUAUCUUGCUUCCAAAUUGUAGUGGAGAGGACAGAAGCAGUGCUAAAAGUCACAAUGUGAAGCUCAUUGAAGCAGAUAAAGUUCCUGGUGUAGAGCCAGUUCUUUGGUUGUCAUCUCCACCUAGAAACCAUAUAAUGGACUGUAUCAUUGGUCAUGGAGUUCCCUUUGGCAGACUAAUUCCACUUAUCAAAAAAAAUCCAGAGUACAGUCAUUGCAAAUGGAUUCAAGUUGUUCACUCUGCUCCUGAAGAAGAAGGAAUACACAAAAACAUUUCAGAAGGUGAGAAAAUGCAAAAAGAAGAAAUCCAACUCUGUGAAAUGGCUGAUCAAGUUAUCACAAUUGGACCCAAGUUGGCAGAAGCUUACAAGCGUUACCUUUGUCCAUUUAAACAAGAAGAAAAAGUUUUUGACCUUACUCCAAGUGUUUUCUCCAAAUUUUUGGAAGUAGAGCAAGCCACUGAAGAAAGAAGAAAAUUCUGUAUUCUUUUAAUUGGAAGUGGUGACAGCUGUGAAGAUUUCAAUGUCAAAGGGUAUGACAUAGCUGCUCAAGCAAUUGCUGAGUUGAAAGAUAAAUCCUACAAACUCAAGUUUGUCUGGGCAGCUGUAAAAAAAGGAGAGAUUGUAUUAAAAAAGUUCCUCCACCAUGGCAUUAGUCCUGAUCAACUUACUAUUCGCAGCUUUGAUGAUAGCAGAGGAGUGCUGGCUAACUUAUUUCGUGAAGAGGAUCUUGCAAUAAUGCCAUCCAGGACAGAAGGUUUUGGAAUAACAGCUCUGAAAGCGUUAUCUGCUGGCCUGCCCAUACUUGUCAGUGGUAAUUCAGGACUUGGAGAAGCUCUGACGAAAGUUCCUUUUGGCUCACAGAGUGUGGUAGACUCUGAUGAUCCUAAAGACUGGGCCAGAGAAAUCAAGCGUGUCCGUCAGAAAGAUAGAGAAGUGCGACUUUCAGAGUCAAAUACUCUACGUAAAAAGUACAUGAAGAAGUAUAGCUGGGAGGAGCUUUGUAAGAGUCUUGUGAUAAAGAUGAAGAACCUUGUCUUCAGCCUUCAGCCCUUGCAAGGUGAGGCUCAGAACAUACCACAUUUAAAAAUUGGCCUAUGAAUUGGCUGACAUUUUGAGCUUUAGCCCUUUGUCAGAACUUUUAAAUUAAGUUUAGGUAUACUCAGUAUACCUUUGUUGUAAUACUAUCAUUUUGCAACAAAUUCUUGAAAAAUAUCCUAAGCUUUGAGAACUGUUGUUCCCUCUGCUCCCAAAUACUCAAUCCCCAAUCCACAUAUUUGUUUCUGAUUUCAUCUUAAGCCAUAUGCCAUGAUAUUGUCAGCAACCAGUCAUUUACAUGUUUAAGAAUAAAGUAAUGAUCAUUAAAUUGUUUUUCUUUUAGGUGAGAGUAAACAAGUCAUCCAUAAUCUUCAACAGUGGCAACAGGAUGCCGGUAGAUGUAAGAUCAGCAACACAGACCCACUCUCAGACUUAAAGAAGAUUGCUUCAGGAAAAGGCUAUAGAAUUUCUGACAAUCAAGGGUCAGGAAAUUGUAUGUUCUAUGCCUUGUCAGAGCAACUGGAGAUUGUCAAAGGAGUAAAGAUCAAUCAUUUGGAAUUAAGACAUUCCUUAGUUCAGUAUCUAAGAGAGUACCCAAAACUGGUGAGUAUUUGGUGUAUGUAAUGUGUAGAACAGAUACUACAAAUGAAUUGUUAUUAGAAAAUGUUGAAGACUUUGAUCAGGAAAAAAAUCAGUGUGUGUGUGAUACAUGAAGUUGAAUUUGACACGAUUAAAAAGGACAACUUGUCUUUGCAUCGUUACAAUAUCUUUCUAUCUUGUUGUAACUUAUUGCUAUGUUAUUUUGGUAACCAGUCAACUCGCCGACGGACCAACUCGCCGACGCCAACUCGCCGACGUAUAAAAUCGAGUAGAGACGUCGGCGAGUUGGUCGUCAAUCCAAUACAACUUAUUAGAAGUUAAACAUACAGAAAAGUAAACGAUAUUUAGUAAAAAAACACUGGUGAACAUUGGUGAACAUCAAACAAAAGCUUAAACAUCGGUGAACAUUAGUGAACAUGUUUUCUUAAAAAAUCUGAGCGAUUGACAUGAUGAGUCUUUACGGUGUUGUUGUCACACAAUAACUCGUUCGCGUCUGAAGCGGAUAUAGUAAUUAGUGAUGUUUACUUUACUUUAUUCGACUUGAGAUGCUUAUAAACUUUGUUGAAAAUAAAAAGAAAUGCUUUUUACUAAAGAUCUUUUCUAGAAAGCCUAGUUUUCUUAAAAAAUCUGACCGAUUGUCAUGAUGAGUCUUUACAGUGUUGUUGUCACACAAUAACUCGUUCGCGUCUGAAGCUGUUAGAGUCAUUGGUGAGGUUUACUUCGCUUUAUUCGCCUUAAGAUCCUUAUAAACUUUGUUGCAAAUAAAAAGAAAUGCUUUUUACUAAAGAUCUUGUUUAGAAAGCCAAGUUUUCGUUAAAAAAUCUGAGCGAUUGACAUAAUGAGUCUUUACGGUGUUGUUGUCACACAAUAACUCGUUCGCGUCUGAAGCUGUUAGAGUCAUUGGCGAUGUUUACUUUACUUUGUUCGCCUUGAGAUCCUUAUAAACUUCGUUGCAAAUAAAAAUAAUUGCUUUUUACUAAAGAUCUUGUCUAGAAAGCCAAGUUUUCUUUAAAAAUCUGACCGAUUGUCAUGAUGAGUCUUUACAGUGUUGUUGUCACACUAUAACUCGUUCGCGUCUGAAGCUGUUAGAGUCAUUGGUGAUGUUUACUUCGCUUUAUUCGCCUUGAGAUCCUUAUAAACUUUGUUGCAAAUAAAAAGAAAUGCUUUUUACUAAAGAUCUUGUCUAGAAAGCCAAGUUUUCGUUAAAAAAUCUGAGCGAUUGACAUGAUGAGUCUUUAUGGUGUUGUUGUCGCACAUUAUCUCGUUCGCGUCUUAAGCUGUUCUAGUCAUUGGUGAUGUUCACCAAUGUUUAAGCUUCUGUUUGAUGUUCACCAAUGUUCACCAGUGUUUUUUUUACUAAAUAUCGUUUAAUUUUCUGUAUGUUUAACUUCUAAUAAGUUGUAUUGGAUUGACGACCAACUCGCCGACGUCUCUACUCGAUUUUAAACGUCGGCGAGUUGGUCUGUCGGCGAGUUGACCGUAAUUCGUUAUUUUAGAACAGCCAUGGGAAGUAUAAUGCUGAUGAACUUGUUUAUAAUAAUUAUUAUUCAUUUAAAUUAAUCUUUUUGGCUUGUAUAAUUUUUAAGAUAAGAUAUCAUGAUGUUGUAAAAAUUACUCAAUAUAACAUACAGCGAGUACUAUUAAAGACUAUUAAGCUUAUUGCAACUAUAGAGUUGAAAUUAUCUUUGAAUACUUUUGAAGGUGAUAUUUAUAAUUAUAUAAAAUUAUUACCAUAUUGAGUUGUUACUAGACCAGUUGCUCUUUUACUAUUAAUAUUUCAUUUUAUCUUGUUGGACUCUCUCCUCAAGGUGGAUGGAACAGAUUUGUUUCAUUUUGUUGAUAGACAUACAACAUGGGUUGAUUACUUAGCAGACAUGGAACAAGAUGGCACUUGGGGUGAUCAUGUGAUUCUCUGGGCUGCAGCAAACUGUUAUCAAAUAGCCAUUCAUGUGAUUAGUAGUCUUCCAGGCCAGAGUGAGGUAAUUAUCAAACCAGCUUUUCCAUUUGACCAAAGCAAGCAUCUUGUACUGGGACAUGUCCAUGAAGUACACUAUGUCAGCCUUCAGCCCUUGCAAGGUAAGGCUCAGAACAUAACACAUUUAAAAAUUGGCCUAUCCAUAAAUUUUGCAGACAAGAUAUUUCAAAUACUAUAA